AUGGUUUCCGUCGUGCGACCCCUCUCCCCGACUGCGUCCCUGGGCUCCUCGCCCGUCUCGAAGAAGCAGAAGCGGGACCAGCGCCGCGAUCCCGGCCCCGAGACCCGUGUGCGCGAGGUAUCGGACGAGGAGGCGGCGCCUGUUCUCUCCCGCGUGAGGGAGAUCAUGGGCCUGCCUGUCGAGACGGAGAAGAAGUAUGCCUAUGAGCUCGAGUACAACAGCAAGCUCGUUCUCGCCCCCAUGGUCCGCACGGGUACGCUGCCGACCCGCCUCCUCAGCCUUUACUACGGUGCCGGGCUCGUGUGGUCGCCCGAGAUCGUGGACCGGGCCAUCAUCGGUGCCAAGCGCGUGGUCGAUCUCAUCUUCCAGCUCGGAACCUCGAACCCUCGGCUAGCCGCCGCCGCCGCCAAGGUGGUGGCGCAGGAUGUCUCCGGCUUCGACCUGAACUGCGGCUGUCCGAAGCCCUUCUCGACACAUGCGGGCAUGGGCGCGGCGCUGCUCUCAACACCCGACCUGCUACUCGACAUACUCCGCCGGCUGAUCGCGGACCUCCCGCUCCCGGUCUCGUGCAAGAUCCGCAUCCUGCAGACACGGCCCGAGACGCAGCUCCUCGCUGCGCAGAUUCUGCGUACGGGAAUUCGCAACCUGAGCGUGCACGCGCGCACGCGGGACAUGCGGCCGCGCGAGGCCGCGAUCUGGGAGCGCGUCAAGGCCGUCGUGGACCUCGGCAAGGAGCGGGGCGUGAACGUCAUCCUGAACGGAGAUGGCGAGGGGUACGAGAACUGGAAGGCCAUGUGUGAGGCCACUGGGGCCUCGUCGGCUAUGCUGGGUCGCUCGGCGGAGCGCAACCCCAGUGUCUUCGCCGAGGAGAUGGUGGAUGCCGCCGCCGUCAUCGUCCCGCUGCUGCUGUACAUUGGCGAGUGGAGCGACAACGCGUGGGGCAACACCAAGUUCCUCCUCACGCAGUUCAAGCCUUCCGCCGCGCCCGUGGGCAAGCUGAACAAGCAGCAGCGCAAAGAGUUCAACGCCGUCAUUGCCCGCGCGAAGAGCUUUGACGAGGUCGCCGAGGGCGUCAAGAGCGCAGGUAUCGAGAUUGACAUGCUGAAUGCCAAGGAGCGCGGAGCCCAGUUCUGCCGCGAUCUCGAGGCGCGCCUCUCCCAGCGCCCCGAGUGGAAGCGGUUCAAGGAGAACGAGGCCGCACGAGACGCUGCGAUCGCGGCGCUCCAGCCGCAGUGGGAUGCGGAGAUUGCCGAGAUCGAGAAGGAGCGCGAGGAGAAGAAGGCACGCGAGAUGGAGGAGAAGGCCGCUGCUGCCGAGGCGGCCAAGGCGAAGAAGGAGGCGCCGAAGCCCGAUGCUGAGGAGCAGGCUGCGCUCAACGGCACCACCUCCGCCGAGGUCGUCAAGCCGUAA